AAGUGGGGAGGUGGCUUCCCUUCCACACAUUUCCUCUGUUCCCCUAGACCAAGCUCUACUCGUCUAGAAUUUUCUGUGUUUCAUACCACAGAGAACCAGAAGGCAAGAACUAUCCAGUGGGCACAGGCACCGCAGCACAACAGCUAACAGGUCCAGCUGCUGUAACGGAUCCAUCAGCUGCCAGGAAGGCUAGGGGAGCUCCACGACACCACAAUGCAGAUGACCAACUCCAAGACUAACCCCUCCCCCCAGCUGGUGCUGAGUGAGGAACAGAAGCUACAGAUUCAUAAGGCACUCAUCGACCUCCAAAUUGAAACCAAUCGCUUAAGGGAGCAAUAUGAGACUGAGAGCUUUGAGCUGAAGUGUGAGAUUCUAACGCUGGAGAGCAGAGUCCUAGAGCUGGAACUGACUGGGGAGAAAGCUGGUCAUGAGCAGGCAGGGCUGGCAGAGCAGCUGAAGAUACUGGAAGGCAAGCGUCAGGAGCUGUCAGAUGCUUACAUCAGCCUUGAGAACGACUACCAGACCCUGGCCAAGCAACAUGAACAUGAGGUGCUCCAGAGGAAGGAGCUGAACUUAGAGCUGUUCGCCACAUCUAAGAAAAAACACUCUUUUCCAGCCCAGCCAGAACCAUCAUCUUCUUCCCAACCUUCAGAGCCUGGGGUAGCUGACAGGACAGCUGCCAAGCCAGAGAGAUCUUUGGCACAAGGGCUCACUCACCAGAAACUCAAGACAGAAGACGUCAUUGCCUCUGAACAGGAGCAGAAGAAAAUGGAGAAGAAGUUGCUGGCUAGCCAAGAGUACCUUCAGGAUGAGAUGGAAAAGAUGAAGCUACUGCAGAAGAUUCAUCAGGAGAAGCUGGAGGAGAGAGUGGCAGUGCUAAGAAAAGAACUCCAGGAUGCCAAACAGGAGAUCCGUGGCACACAGCACAAGAUGGAUGAACAGGCUAUGGCACUGUCUGCUUCCCAGAAGCAACUUCAAGAAGUAGAAAAGGAGAAUUCUAGACUGCAGCAACAGCUGAAGAUGAUGAAUGAAGAGUAUCGCACCAGGCUUCUGCACUAUGUGAAGAAGAUGGCUUCUUACAUGGACAGCACUACCCAGGGCCACCAAGGGCCUCAUCAGACAGAUGCUGCAGAGCCAGGAGCAAUGAAGAAACUCUUGGAUGGAAUGCUAAAUGACAUGCAAGCCUCAAACCGAAGCCGAGAACAACAACUAGCCAAGGUUGCCCGGAACUAUAAGAAGAGGAUGGAGAGCCUGAUGAAAAGUCACGAGAUCCUGCUCAAUGCCUACAGGGUCCACAGGGAGCAGAUUAAGGUCCGGGGUGGUCCCAACAUGGAACCUGGUCCUCCGGAAGUCCACUUCACCAUCAACAAGGUUGAUCUUCAGUCCAACCUAACCCAGGAGCUCAACAAGCUUCGUGAAGACAAGGCUCAAUUGGAGACUCAAAUUCAGGAACUGCAGGCCAAGAAUGGAUCCAUCAAAGCCACUGAUUUGGGGGCAUCUUUGCCACAGGAUGAAGUGGUCUGGGCCAAGAUCCAGAAGCAGCUUCAAGAGUUCACCCAAAACACUCAGAGUAAGCUAGAGAAGGAGAGAAGCCAUUUGUGGAGCCGGGCCUUGGUGGCAGAAGAACAACUCUCACAACUGCAAGAGUAUGUGGAUAAACACCUAGGCAGGUACAAGCAGGAGAUCUUGAGGCUGAGGAAGCUCCUGGGGAAUGAGUCCUCAUAGGCAGAGCCAGUUUCCUUAAAUCCCCAGAGCCAAAGCACCACCAACCACUAGCUGUGCCUGCUCCGCCUACUCCCAAGAAACAGCUGGAGGAACUGGCCCUAAAAGCCUAUGGGCAGGGAGCUCCACAUGGAUUUCUGGAGCAUUAGGGAUGGGAAUGUACUCUAAAUCUGCAGAUGGGAGGAGUCCAAUUUUCUCAGAAUUCUGUGCCUACCAUUACUGUUAAUGCCUUAUGCCUUUCUACAGUGGUGCUGGACCUUGAACUAGGCCAUCACUGCCACACCAGGAGCAACCUGGAACAAGACUCCAAACUUUGGGGCCUCGUACCCUGGAGUGCUCUGAGUUCUCUGUGCCCUGACGCCCACCCACGUUAAGGUAUGACUGGGCUACCUAAUUUGGUGUCUUUGAGGGGAAAAGAUAUCAGAGAAAAUGAA